AGCUUCAGAGCAGUUCAGGCUACUGUUGCUUUGGCACACGGAGAUGGCUUGUGGAGUUCAUUUGGGGAUUUUGCUGAUUUGUUUAGUUCAAGCAGAGCAUGUACGCUGUUUAUGGGCUACACAAGCUCAGAGCUCCCAGAGACAAAACGGCAACAGAUAUGUUGGCUUCUCGCAACAGGACGGUGGCUUGAGAAGACUUGGUGGCAGCGAUUCCCAGAAUCAAUUCAGACAGGCCUCCAUUUCUCUAGGUUCAGACUGGAGAAGUAGCCUCAAUCCACGGACUGCAGUUAGCAGUGGUUAUAACCAGGGACUUUCCAGUAGCAGCUACACGCAUGGUGUUUCACAGCCAGCUCAGAGCGGCUACUCUUCAGUCAGGUUGGUGCAGAGCAGCUCAGUGUCAAAACCUAACUGGAGAGUGAAAAACACGGAAGAGGUGAAUGUUCAAAAGGUGCCAAAAAAGCAGUUCUUAGGCCUUUCUACUUCUAUUGCCAGUGGAAGUUCUGUGAGUAGGCACAGUCAAAACCAGAAUGACGUUUCUGAUAUCGGCAAGAGGAGAACUUGGCCAGUUCAGCAGGGUACACAGAGUACUGGCCAGUAUCUGUCCGGCACUCCUGCAUCUGUUCAGAGGCCUUCUACGGAGAGAGACUCUUUCUCAUCAGCCUCCCACCAGGCUGCAGCGCAGAAACAUCCCAGUGCUGCUGCCAAGCCACGAGCCUACUAUGGACAAAGAGGCUUCUCUCAGUCUAAGAAAUCUUCCAGCCUGUUCAGUGCAGGUGAAAGUCAAGCACAAAUGCAAACCUCUGUCAGUGUCCCAGCAAGACGAGUGUCUUCCCAUCGUGGCACUGCAGCAUCUAAACCUUCCCUUGUCUCAUUUACUCAAAAUGACAGAACUAGAAAUGACCCCCCCAAGACUGAGGCUGGAAAAGUUUACCGGAGCAAGCUGUUUCCUGUGACUGGAGGAUCUGCCGAAGGAAGCUACAGACCCACUUCCCACAUGGCCUCAAGACAUGCGACUCAUACCCAGUCUCUUCCAGCACCCUACAAACAAAAUGCUCCUGUUAGUUUUGAGCCACGUAGUCUAAAAAUGGCCACAAGCCAGAGGUUUAACAACAAACACACCUCCGCUGAGCAGGCCCCCAGCAGCGCGAGCUCUGUCCAAGCACCCUGGGACAGCAGAAAUCCAGCCCAGGGAGCACGUAACCUCCCUACCUCCAGGAGCAGCAGCAGCAGGAGCAGCAGCGGAGUGGGAACCUCUCCUCAGCGCUUUGCCCCAUCCAGAAUCCACAACAUCCCUCAAAGCUUCGGCGGCUAUGCUAUCAGACGGCUGAAAGAGCCUGUGGACCAGAAGGAGGUUGGUGUCCAGAAGCCACAGGAGGCUUACACGUCUCCCCCACGGCAGGCUGCAUCUCACCAGUCACAGGGUCAGGGUGUUCAUCAGAAAAGCAAAUGGACAAGGAUCAAGCUGCAUCAGGGAUAUUAGCAGGUGCAGUGGGCUGAAUAAUCCUGGACUGAAUUAGUGUUUUGAAAUAAAUAAAUUAAUUUAAAUCUUG